AUGGCACAGUAUGCUAAUAGUAUCUUGUCAAUAGUCGAAACCGCCCAGAGAAAGGCUCGCGUUUCUGAAUUCCUGGAUCUACACGUCCGAAUGCCUAUGGGCAAUGUGGCAAUUUCGGCCGAGGCUGCGUCAGAGAAGGAUUUCGAGGGCUACAUCAAGGGCCAGUAUCUUCGCGUCCGUUUCUCGCUUCAGGGAGAUGCUCAAGUCGAGGUCGACAACUGGGGGAUGCCGUACAAGAACAAGGACAGCCAGUGCGAAGCAUGGUUGAACGGCGACAAGUCGGUGGCCAAUAUCCGCUUGCUCGACUUUUUGCAAGGGCCCGACUUCUACAUCACAGCCAAGAGAUCGAACAAUGCUGAUGGCUUCCUCAAAAAGUGUACCCAAGCUCUGGAGCUUGAGAAGGUCGAACAGUUCCCUUACGGCGAGGAGCACUUCUGGAGCAUUGCCAGAUACCGAGAGUCAAGCGAGUACAUCAAGGGAGAGCAGUUUGGACUAUGCAUGCGCUUCGACGACGACAACGCACAUGUAUCCGCCAUAUCGCAAGCUGUCGUCCAAGAUCAAUACUGGGUUGCUGAAGAGGCCAUCAACAUCUUCUGCCAGAAGCGCCCGGCUCAUGCAGUGCCCAAGGGCCCCGAGUAUCCCGAAGCCAAGUUCGCAGAGUCGUGGUCACGACUGCAGAACCAGGACACGGACCAGGCCGGUCUCUGCUUCUUCGACAACACCGAGGAUCUGACUGUCCCAUUGGACUUCAAUGUCUGGAAUUGGGGCAAGGACGCAGAUGCCAGGAAACACUUCAUAGGCGCCCGCGUCAUUGAGGCACCCAAUGCCAUCCCAGUCCUCAAGAACCAUGGCAUCCAGGAGAAUGACUUCGUGUUGGACAUUACGGGGUGUCCGCAGGGAUUCACGGAGAAGGACCCCCCCUUGAAGUUCGCGCAGUUCGCCUCCCGAACCGUCGCUGACGCCGCCCUCAACAAAGAUCGCGGGUCUUGGAACACAGUGACCAUCGCACUGGAUCCGCAACUCGGGGACGCGGAGCAGCUGGUCAACUCUGUCUGGGAGUUGCGCGAAGGCGGGAUGCCGACCAACCCGCUGGCCUACGGUGUUGUCGACAAACGGAUGCCGACACCGAUCCAGACGUUCAAGCACGACGCGCCAACUGCAGAGCUCAAGCUUGCCAUGGCCCGGCAUCGCGAAAUCUGGUCUGGCCGUGGAUUCUGGCGCACUCAGCUGGCGGCUGCCAAUCCUUCCCUGCUCGACACCAGUCCGGAGGCGAAACUCGCUUCCAUGUCGCUCAAGCCGCUUUCUCUUGGCGAGCGAGAAUGGAGCCUCCCCACAGCGGAUCUCCUCCCUGAGGAUAGUCUCUACUGGGCUGCUCUUCAGUGUGAGGUCGACGCGGAUGACCAGGCGCAGUUUGAGCGCCACAUGGCUCAAGUACCCCUCGGCAUAGCCAUUAUCUCGGCUGGAGCAGGAUACGGCAAGACGACUCGUGUGGCGGUUGCCACGCUCAGCCUGACCGACCGCGUCAAGAAGGUCUACGCCAGCGGCCCAACACACAUUGCAGUGAACAACUUUGUCGAGCGUACCGACCGUGUCGAUGUUGCGGCUGUUGCUUACUGCCGAGAGGGAGAAUGUGGUGACGAGAAUCGCGUGCGUCGCUUUAUCGUCCGCGGUCGUCUGGCCGAUGACAAUGUCCGAGCUGCUCGUCGACUCCUCGAGAACCCGGAUGCUACCGAGGCUGAGCUUUUCCCUUGGCAGGUUGGUCGCAACAAUCGCUGGCAGCUUCAUUUGUCCCUGGCGUACUGGGUGCUCAAGGCCUUGGGGUCCCCUGCCGUUCCUGAACUCGUUGAAACCGAUCCUGAAGCUAUCUGGGAACUGCGGGCGCAGCUUGUAUCCGUCCACGGUGGGCAGGCCAUGGUAGACGCAAUCAAGGCUCGAGAUUGGGAUGCCAUUGUGGCUGACGACAACAUCUCCGGAAAAUCCUUGGAGACGUACAUGAAGAUGCUGCUGAAAAAGGCCGACAUUGUGUUCUCAACACCGGCCAUGAGCAACAAGGGCGAGCACUGGGCUUGGAAACGGCUGAACACAGCAGGCUAUGCUGUUGAUGAGGCGGCCAAUAUGAAGCGCGCCGAUAUGACCCGUGUCUGGGGCAAUUCCUCGCUUCCUAUUGUCAUGGCAGGUGACGGUGAGUUCAUAACUGUCUAUGCUUACACACGAAUGGAGAAGGCUGACUAUUGUGCAGAUGAGCAACUGGAGCCAACGGUGAUGACCGAGCGCAACCAGGAUGCCGAAGGGCGCUAUCUCAACCGCCACUUCCAGGACGGCAAAGUGUCAGCGAUGCAGUGGUUCAAAGCCCAUGGCUGGCCUGUCUAUGUCUUGGUCAAGCAGUACCGCAUGGCGAAGGGUAUGAUGGAUGCCAUCUGCCCUAUCAUCUACCCAGACGUCGACCUUGUCUAUGCCCCGUCGUGCGACAUUGACCAAGAGCAACACGCACUCGGCAUCCUGCUGGACCAGUUUUUGCGCCAAAGGUUCGAUACUAUCCAGCCUGCGCCCGCCGACCGCCUAUACCCAGCCUUUCUACACUGCCCCGAGACGUCGACAUACACAAACCCGGUCACGCACGGCAAAUCAAACUCCCAGCAGUGCUUUGUGCAAUGGAUUGAGGGUCAGGGCAAGACCAUCGAGCGGUCGCAGCUUGUGAUCAUCUGCCCUUACAAGGCAAACCUGGGCGUGUUGGAAAUGCUGCGCAAACAGGCCAAAUACCGCUGCCUUGAUGGCGUGCCUCCUGCCGCCACCGUCGACUCGUACCAGGGUAAAGAGGGCGAUCUGGUCUGUGUUGUGCUUGGGACGACCAGGCAGAGCACGGCCGGAUUCACAUCCAACCGCAACCGCCUCAACGUCAUGUGUACGAGGCAACGGUGCGGCCUGGUUCUCGUCGGUGACGUUCACGUCAUGGGUGCUGUGGACGGUGUGGAGGAUGCGCCGAAGCCCAUGGCGAAGGGCAAGGGGGGCAAAGCGAGGGGCGGAAAGGUACAACGGUCGUACACGGCAACGGGCGAGGCCACCUUUUCCAAUGUGACCGGCCCGUUGCAGGAUUUGCUAAAGUGGCUUGGCGCCAAAAAGCGCGUGGGCAUCCUGAAGAGCGUCGCGGAGAAUAUGGGGUCGAAAGAAGAACUGUAG